AUGACUGCAAUGAAGCUCCGGAGGAAUUUGGUUAGCAUUUUCUUCUGUCUCCUCUGUGGCCUAUCUUCUGGAGAUGUUGGGUGGCAGCUACCAAAUAAGAACUUCUCAGAAGCAGAUGUCAGGAAAGAGCUUAACCAGGCUCUUCAGAUUGUGGACCAACCAACAUUCCAAGGAUGGAGGCCCGAACUCAUAAAACAGGCGGUCCCCAGGAUGUACAUUGGGCUGGUUGAAUUAUGGCUUCAGUUCCAAAAUGUGCAGAAGGAGCAGGAAGAGGCAUGGAGGAAAGUGAAGAGGAUGACAAGAAUGUCUGCUGGGUCCUGCCAAGAACUGAAAGAAAAUGUUACUGAACUUUUUAGCCGAGUGCCUGCCAGACUGGACCUCAUAGAGAAUCAAAUGCUAUUGAUACAAAGAAAACUGGAAAACAUGGAAGAAAUGUUAAAACCGGAAUCUGCAAACCAAGCCCCCAGUGACACCAUUGAAUCUGGAAACCAAACAGAAGUAAACCAGACCAUCUCCGAGCCGCCAGCACACAGGCCCUGCAGCUCCAAGACUUGUAGGGAUAACAUGACGGGGCGCAAGAAGGUCAAAGUCAGCAAUGCCCAACUCGCUCACAAGGUGGCAGCUCUCACCGAGUUACUGAAUGGCCACAAUGAGCUCCUGGAAGAACUGUACCAACGGGUCACCGCACUGGAGGCGACACGGAAUGCAGGCCAGGUGUCACCAAAGUCAAAGGAAGAGGGUGGAGGUGGCCAUUAA